AUGGAAGUUAUCAGUGCUGCCCGAGACGUUCGAUCUUCGAUCUGGUUCCUGGAAGAGAAAGAGCUUUAUGCAUCAGUCAAGCCCUACAGCCUAGCUUUUACUCCAGAAACAGAGAUCCCACGAGAGAACAUCACGCGCCAUGAAGUCGAAGUUCUCGUAUCAGAUAUCCGUACUGCAAAGGAUGUUUUGACCUUCGACAAGAAUGGGUUCACGAUAAUAGAUCUACGUGAACAAGAUCCCGACUUUGAUUGGACUGAUGAAAAGCUUGUCAAAGAAUUACAUUAUCCGAAUGUCAUUGAAUCGGUAGAAGCUGCUUUUCAAGGGGCCCGCUGCAUCAUCCUUCGUCAUCAGAUUCGCAAGAGGGACCCUUCGUUUCCAAAGUCAACUGGUAAAGAUUAUGAAUUUGGACAGCCAUUACGGGCAGCCCAUAUUGGCAAGUCACUGAAUAACUUGCAAACACUCUCCAGAUAUCUAAUACACCCUAUAGACAUGGUCCGCUCCUCGGCAGAACAGCUGAUUCAAGAAUGUCUCGGCGAAGACGCCUCAGAGAUAUUUGCAGGGAAAUACAUUUUUGCAAAUGUUUGGCAUCCUCUCAAAGGAACUAACCAAGACUGGCCUCUUGGAGUUUGCGAUGCAUCGACAGUUGAUCAAGAGCGGGACGUCGAAGUAGCCGAUUAUGUUACUACCACCACGAGCAGAGAGCAUUGUAUGGUCUAUGCUCGUGAGACUCAUCAGUGGUGGUAUCUGAGUGAUCACAAGGCCACCGAGGGGCUUCUGUUUAGACAGUACCAAUCUGACAAAGGCUUGGCAUCAGGACUACCCCAUGCUGCCUUUUGGAAUCCGGAAUCGAAACAAGAGCAGCCACGCGAGAGUGUAGAGGUCAUGUUAGUCAUUUCAUUCCCCAAGUCUCAUUAG